AUGCUUUCUUGUAGCCUUGUUGACGUCACAGUUACCAGCCCAAGCUUUGUUGAUAUGGAAAUGUUCUACUUAUGGGUACAUGGACGAACUAUUUCUCAGGCUUGCACAAUCAUGGCCCAAUCGCCUUCAGUAGAGGAGUAUGGUAUGACAAACGAUAUGUUGGCCGCACAUGUCAGAGACCACUUUGCUCAAUUCACACUUUUGGAGUCAGGUUUACGACAUCCGAAUUCUUUCAUGCAAGAUUGUGCAUACCACCAGCUUACACCAGAAACUCGCAAACAAUUGAUUCACUUAUACUACUCCCUUGAUGAGAGUUUUUUACGUGAAUUUGUUGGCAGAAGGUUAUCAAAUAAAUCCCGACGGGAAUUAUCUGAUAUUGCAGAAAGAUGUGAACUUCAACUAAGGAGUUGUAAAAGGCAGUUUGAUAAUUUGUCGUGUGUCGCCCGCCGGACUGAAGAUUUACCUGGUCCACUAACAGAUAAUAUAAAGAAUUGUUUUCUUCUACCUGAAUGGCUUGCCGAAUGUUAUGCCGCUGUUAUAUUUAUUGCAAGUAACAGAUUUGAAACGUCUAAGAAGUGUCUUUCAUAUCUUACUUUUGAGAACUUGGCAUACUGUGCAGGUCAGCUAAUGACUCAUUGGUCAACUAGUGGUAAAGAUCAGAAAGGUGAAACGGUUGUCAGUAUUGAUUUGGACCUUCAAUUUUUUCAUGAUCUUAAAGAAUGUAAACCACUGAUUGAGAAAAAAGAAUAUUUAGAUAAGCAUAAACUACUUGUUAUUCGCAAUCUCUCUGAAAUUCAAGCAAAAAUCAUUUUAACAAAUUUAGACUCCAACUUCAAACCUAUCUCCAAAGCAGUGAUAAAUUUAGCCUGUGGUCUAAGCCACGCUCGAGAAAUGCGAAACUUUUUCUUGGACAUUAUUGAAAAGUUAAUUGAACCAAUGCGAGCACUGAACUGGCCAUCAAGAGAAGUUAAAAUGUUUUUCGAUGCUUAUCAUAAUACCGUUAAGGCUCUACCUCUUGGAAGAUCCUCAACUUUCCUCACUAUAUGGACACGUUUCAUCAUUCCAUUUUCGAAUUGUGUUUUACAACCAAUAAUAAAAUUCAAUGUUAGAAACAGGAUUUACACACAUUAUUUUAAAUAG